AGUUGAUGGUUUCCAUGGCAGCCAAAAGAGAAAAGUGUUUGUUUGUUGAUAUAUAUACAAUCUGUCAUAUUUAAUUUGAUAUAAAUAUUUUGUUUUUUUAUUAAAUAUAUAUAUUGUUUUUUUUAACUGGAAAAUGUCAAGAAUAAUAUGGAUCAAUUAACUGGCCAAAAUGUUCAAGUGGUACUUGGUCUUUUGGAAGGAAAAGGAUUUGACAGUGUUGAGAAUCCUAUGAUUAUUGUUGGCACACUUUGUGGUGGAUCAUUAGACAGUGAUUUUAUAAAUCCAGAAGCAUGUCCAGUAUUUGGAUCAGAUCUUGUCUGGGAGGCAACAAAAAGCGAGCUCAGAAAAAUGAGAUCAAGUCAAGAGCCACUUAAAGUUGAAUGUUUUGAGUACAAAGAUAAUGGUAUUAGAGAAAGACUUGGAUAUUUUGUAUUGAGUUUACGUACAGCACAAAUUGUACCACCUGAUUAUGAUGGAAAUAUUAAAAAAAAUUGGCACAAAUUAUUUGGACUGAGAAAUGAUGUUAAAUCAUUUAAACCUGAAAUUUUAUUGUCAUUAAUUAUUGAAGAAUUAAAAGAUUCACCAGCUGAUAAUAAUGACAAUGCUGAGAGCAAAGAAAAUUCUGAUAAAUUAAUUGUACCAAGUAAUUUACCAAAGCCAUAUUUAAUUAAAAAUGAAGGACUCAUUCAACUUGGAGCAAUUGAAACAUGUCAAAAAUUAUUUAUCCUAAAUAUAACAACUGGAACAGUUGGAAAUCUUCAUAAUUUAAAAAAAAUAAAACCAAGUAAUGAUAAAAAAUAUUUUCUUUCAUAUAAAAUAUUUGAUAAUGAUAUACAAUCAAAACCAUUUAAAAUUGACAAUAAAAAUUUUGCAAUUAAUGAAAAAAUAGUCAUCAGAAUUAGAACAUCAUAUGAUGUUUUAAAUACCUAUUUAAAAUAUCAUUCAAAUUUUUGUAUUACAUUAAAAUAUUGUGAAAGUAUUUUGGGUGAAACUUGUGUUAAUUAUCGGUCUCUUAUUGAAGCUAAAAAUGAAGAAAAUUUUUAUGAUAAUAUUAACAAUGGUAAAGCUGUGAUGACUGAAAGAUUUUACAUGAAAGAAACUGAUAAAAAAAAUGAUACUUUUAAUACUGAUGAAAGACCAUUUAUCGAUGUUAAAUUACAGCUACAAUAUUUUGAAAAAAAAAAAUUACAUACUGAAAAUAUUGACAGUGAUUAUUCACUGAAUGACAGUAUUAUUGAAAAUAAAAUAUCUGAAGAAUUUGAUACUGAUAAACAAGAAAAUCCUCCUGGUGAUUAUUGUUAUAAAAAAAAAUUACAAAAGACUGAAAAUUAUCAGGAAAAAUUAAUUGAUACAUGUAGUAAAAAAAAUAGUUCAGAUCCAGAUAUUUAUCAUUGUUAUUGUUUAAACAUUUCAUUGAAUAGUGUUAAAUUAAAAUCAGGAUUAUCAGUUGGACAUAUUGAAUUUAGAUUUCGUCAUCCAAAAGCUGACACAAUGUCAACAACACAUUCAAAAAUUCCAGUUACCACUGACAGUCAGUUGAAAUUAAAAGACAUUGAAUGUAAAUUAAAUUUCGUAUCAUCAUCUGACGAAAUAAAAAGAUUGCUGUCAAUAUAUCCACCGAAAAUAAGUGUUCAUGCUGAUGAUAGUUGUAUUGGACAGUGUGUUCUUGAUGUCGAAGAAUUGUUUCAUCAUAAAGAGUUACAGUGUCAGUAUGAGAGUAAUUUGUCAUCUAAUGAUUAUGGUGAAAUUGGAGUUGUUGGAGUGAUGAUGAAGCUUGUGGAUCUUGGACCUUACAACCGGACAGAUCAACAAACUUGGGAAGAUAAUUUUGGACCACCAAUUCUUGAUGACAGCUUGACUUACAAAAUCAUUGAUGAACUUGAAACAUGGAAAGAACGUCAGCAAAAAAUUUUUUACAUUGAAUUGAAAAAAAAAGAAGAAAGACACUUGAAUAGACUCAGUGAAGAGUGGAAAAAACGAAGAGAAGUAUUAGAAUCAAGUUUAACAUGUAGCAUUGAACAGUGUAAAAUGUUGACGGAUAAUUUAAACAGUGCAACAAAUGAUUUACGAACAAGAAGACUACAAAGUAUGGAAAAAGAAGCAAAAUUAAUAAAAAUAAAUGAAGAAUUAAAAUGGACAUAUGAUAAAAAAUUUCAAGAGUUAACAGAAACAUCAGAUAAAUUACAAAAUGAAUUUACUAAAAAGUUGUCAUUAUUAGAAGAAGAAAAAAAAGAUUAUGAAAAAAAAUUAUCAUCAUUAAAAAUAAAAAAUGAAGAAUUAGAAAAUAUAAUUAAAAAACAAACAGAUAAUUUAAUAGCAAAUCAAAAAAAUAUAACAAUACAAAAUCAAAAUACUGAAAUGUUAAAUAAUAUAAAAUUAUUAGAAAAAAAAUUGCAAGAUUCACAAAAAAGUAAAAUAUAUUUUAAAGAAGAAUGGGGUAAAGCAAUACGUGAAAUUCAAAUGCUAAAAAAUAAUAAUAUUGAAGUACAAUUUGAAACAAGUAAAAAUGAAUUUAAAAAAAAAAAUAAUUUAGAAGAAAUAUUAAAAAUUGAUACAGCUGAAUUGACCAAUGAUAAAUUAUUAUUAAAUCAAAUACAACGUGAAAUUGAUAUUAUUAAACCAAAAUCAUCAUACAGAACUGAUAUCCCUGAUGAAUCAUAUUAUCCAACAACAUUUGAUUCAUGUUCAAGAUUAAAUAUUGAUACUGACAUGUCAAUUAGUACAAGAAAAAUUGAUCAACAAGAAUUAAAACUACAAAAAUUAAUUGAUGAACGUGAUUCAUUAUUAAAAACAGGAAGUUACAGCUCUGAUGAUCCUAUUAUUAUUAAUUUAGACAAAGAAAUUAGUUCAAUUAUGAGGUAUUUAUAAUAUAAAAGAGAGUGAUCCAAAAAAA